CCUAGCUGUAGACGCACCAGGCCGCAUUCAAUUGGACGUCAGGAAGCCGCCCGCAACUCGGAAAAUGCGCUGCUGAGGCGCAUUGCUAUACGAUAGCUUGCACUAGCAUAAGAGAGGAUGAUGUCGAGCAUCCCCAAAUCAAUUGGCGCCCAGCGCUCAGCAGCGUCGACGAGGGCACAUGCACUUGCCAGGCCUGUUGUCCUGGCGCCGGCCGCAUCUAUACCUGCUCGCAGCCAAGGCGUGACCUCAACCAGCGGCCGCUGCCUGGCCCCGCCGCCGCGCGCUGCUGCCGGCGCCGGCGCCCCCGGCACUGCAGGCCCAACAAACGCCGGGGCGGCUGCCCAUGAGGUUGAGGUGGACGCGGUGGAGAGCCCUCUGAGCCCGGAGGACAUCAUGCGGCUAGUGCAGCAGCAUGAGGACGUGGCGGCGGCGGCGGAAAGCGAGCAGCUGGUGGCGCAGUUCCGGGACGACCCACAGGGGCUGUACGAGUACGUGAACCGGGCAUACGCGGAGGGGCCCCGGAGAGUCACCACGCCGAUCAGCUUGCUGCAGGAGGAGAUCACGGGCGCAGUGACGGAGAGCUACCCGGCAGCGGUCGCCAACGACAUCAUUGGGAUGGGCUCGUGGCGGCUCAAGGACGACGUGGACCCGGUCAUUGAGUUCCUGGUGGCACGACUGGAGGGCUGCUGGCGCGAGAUCCUUGACACAGACCUGUGCCUGUACCCGCGUGAGAAGUGGAAGGAGCAGGGUUGGGACCUGGUUGACUCCAUGGACCCGCACCAGGAGCUGGAGGGAUUCUCCUACGCCGACAUACCCGACCCAGCCAAGGGCGAGGCGGGCUACCCGCGGCUGCAGCUGGAGAACCGCGUGUACUGCAGCAAGGUGUUCCGCAAGCUGCACGUGGAGGUGGGGCUGCGGCAGGACGGGCUGCAGGUGCUGCACGUAGUCGUGUACCCGCGCUACAGCUACGACAUGCCCAUCUUCGGCAUGGACAUCGUGAUGGUGGACGGCCGCGUGACGCUGGCGGUGGUGGACUGCUGCCCCGUGCGCGCCGACCUCAAACUGCAGCCGCACUACAUGGAGACCAUGGCGCUGCUGCAGCGGACGUUCCUGGAGGGCACAGACCCGGCCUUGCGCCGCAUCCCCGAGUGGGGCUCCAAAAUUUUCUCGCCGCUCGCGCUGUGCAUCACGCCCUCAGGCCCCGAGGAGCUGGCAGCCUUUGCCAAGUACGCAGUUGCGCUGCACCGCGCCUACCUCACCAUGAGCCUCAACGCGGUGCCGGUGGUGGCGGGCCCCGGCGACCGGCGCGAGGCGGCGCGGCUGCAGGAGAUACAGGACGGCCAGAAGCGGUUCUGCGAUAACCAGCUCGUGAACAAGAAGACGCGGCGGGUGCUGGAGGUGGCAAUGGGCGUGGAGUGGACAGAGGCCUACAUGAGCCAGCUGAUGUUUGACUUUGACCCCAAGUACGAGCCGCCCUACUUCGACGCCUCCUUCGAGAAGCUGUACACCUACUUCGACGAGAACCCCUCGUUUGGCGAGAUGGCGGACGAGGCAAUGGAGCUGGAGCGCGGUGCGGAGGCGGAACGCGCCAACGAGACAAUGGCGGCGGCGUUGUCGGGACGGUCCGUGUCACGAGAGAAGCUGGCCAUGGCCAUGGGCUUCCUCUUCCAGAACGACGCGACGUUCCGCGCGGCGGUGCAGACUCUAUCAGGCGGCCAGGUGGAUGGGAAUAUUGAGGAGCGGCUAACGGACGACCUCAUGCAGCUACUGGAGCGAAGUGAGGCGUAACUUUGGCGGAUUGCCCGGCGAUCUCGGCCAUCCAGGGCCACGAUUGUGCGUGCUGUAUGGUAUUGCCAAAAGUCUUGGUUCAUGGGCUAUAGGGAUUACGCGUGUAUUGGCGCGAUGGGGCAGUGAUAGAUACCGGGUCGGCCAGGCCCCAACAAGGGCGUUGAUUCGCCCAGGAGCAGUAGUUUUGCACAAUCUUUGUUGUUUUGAGUAGAGUACUCUCUGGUCUAUUGCAUUGAAUACUUUCUUGCCUGGAAGGACAG